GAAGCAUAAAACAAUGUCGUCAUUGAAAGAGGUAUGUUCUGGACUCCCGGUUGAUCCUCUACCUUCGCCAAAAGAUCGGGACCCCUUUACACCUCACGCUCCGGCGCGAAAACUUGUACUGACUGAAGAUGAAAGAAAACAAGCGCUGAGGAACGCGCUGAGAUAUUUUCCGUCGUCUUGUCACUUGAUUUUGGCACCAGAAUUUGCCAAGGAAUUGACAGAAUGCGGACAUAUUUAUAUGUAUCGUUUUAGACCGGACAUUGCAAUGAGAGCAUAUCCCAUUGACGAAUACCCUGCCAAGUGCAAACAAGCUGCAGCCAUCAUGCACAUGCUAAUGAACAACCUUGACCCACGAGUUGCUCAGUUUCCACAUGAACUGGUGACGUAUGGAGGCAAUGGUCAAGUGCUAUCAAACUGGGCUCAGUUUUGGAUACUGAUGCACUACCUUUCUAUGAUGACUGACGAACAAACUCUUGUUAUGUGUUCUGGACAUCCACAAGGUUUAUUUCCCAGCACAUCGUUAGCACCUCGAAUGGUCAUCACCAAUGGAUUGAUGAUUCCCAACUACUCAUCUAGAGAAAUUUAUGACAAACUAUUUGCCAUGGGUGUUACAAUGUAUGGGCAAAUGACGGCAGGAAGUUAUGCCUACAUUGGACCUCAAGGAAUUGUUCAUGGGACAGCAUUGACUGUGCUGAAUGCUGGACGGAAAUAUCUAGGACUAGAAAAUCUACGUGGCAAGAUCUUUGUUACAUCUGGUUUGGGUGGAAUGAGUGGAGCACAAGCGAAGUCAGCAGUCAUAUGUGGCUGCAUCGGAGUCAUUGCCGAGGUGAACAAAGAAGCUAUUCAGAAACGAUACGAUCAAGGUUGGGUGAUGGAAUUUACUGAUAAUUUGGACGUUUGUGUGGCCAAGAUGCGGUUGAUUAUUUCUGCACGUGUAUCUGUGGUUAUGUGUUUUACUGAGCUGCUUAUUUGGUUUAGAGCGGCACGAGAUGAGAGCAAGACUGUGAGUAUUGGCUAUCAUGGAAAUAUCGUUGAUCUUUGGGAACGGUUGGCUGAUGAAUUGGAUGAAACUGGUGAGUUGUUAGCUGAUCUUGCUUCUGAUCAAACUUCACUGCACAACCCGUAUGGUGGUGGGUACUGGCCUGUUGGGUACACGAUGGAAGAAGCUACUUGUAUUCUGGAGAAUGAUGCAAUUAAAUUUAAGAAUUUAGUUCAAGAAAGUCUUUGUCGUCAAGUUGCUGCAAUCAAUCGACUAACAUCAAGAGGAAUGCAUUUUUGGGACUAUGGCAAUGCAUUCUUGUUAGAAGCAAGUCGUGCAGGAGCUGAUGUGAUGGUUGAAGGAGCAGCCAGAGCCUUUCGAUAUCCAUCAUAUGUUCAAGACAUUAUGGGUGAGAUAUUUUCUGGUGGAUUUGGACCAUUCAGAUGGGUAUGCACGUCAGGAUUAUGCACUGACCUUGAGACAACAGAUCGCAUUGCAACAGACAUUCUAGAAGAGAUGAUAUCACAAGGAGUUCCAUCGUAUGUAAAACAACAAUAUGAAGACAAUUGUCGAUGGAUAAAGGAAGCCGGCAAGCAUAAUCUUGUUGUUGGCUCUCAAGCUCGUAUUCUCUACAGUGACAUGCAGGGAAGGAUCGCAAUAACGAAUGCAUUCAAUAAAGCAAUCAGAGAUGGUACAUUACAGGGUCCUGUGGUGAUUAGCAGAGAUCAUCAUGAUGUUAGUGGAGCAGACAGUCCAUAUCGUGAAACAGCUAACAUAACUGAUGGUUCCAAGUUUUGUGCUGACAUGGCUGUUCAAACUGUAAUUGGUGAUUCUUUUCGUGGUGCUACAUGGGUUGCUCUACACAACGGUGGUGGAGUUGGAUGGGGUGAGGUUAUUAAUGGAGGAUUUGGUCUUGUGUUGGAUGGAUCACAGGAAGCAGGAGAUAGAGCUCAAAUGAUGCUUUCUUGGGAUGUCUCUAAUGGGGUGUGUAGGAGAGCUUGGGCUGGUAGUUUGACAGCUGAGACUACAAUUAGGAGAGCGAUGGAACAGAAUCCUUUACUGACUGUGACGUUAGGAAAUCAUGUGGACGAUGAGUCACUAUUGGACGAAGUGUUGUGAUUCUUGAGGAUGUUAAUAUUGUCAUUUGGGUUGGUUGUUAUCAACCAACGUCUAGUCACAGAGACUAUGAUUGACUUUGACCAAUAAAGACUGCAAAUUACAUGUUUGUAAGAGACAG